CUGAAGUCCCACUGAGCGGCUCUCAAACUUCAGUGUCGAGCCUGAAAGCGGAGGACGAAGAGCGGCGAGCCGACAGACACACACACACAGACAGACAGACAGACUCGCAGCUAAUCAACGGCUUUUUUGGAGCCGCAACAAACGGCGCAAACGUCCGCUUUGAUAACUGCUUUUUAUCAACGGUUACGAACGGUCGGUUUGAGGACUUCCACUCAGCUCUCCGUGUUUGUAUUUUGAUGGUUUUUCCUCCGUUGUUUUGUCGAAGUUUCCGACUGUCACGUCUGAGGUACGGAGUGUUGGAUCGAUCGUUUUAAUUCAGCACUAAAUAAUUGAACACUUCGCGACUUGAGGCAGCUUCUUUUAGGAGUGUUUUUCUUUCUGUCGGAGCAGUAACGGUAAAGGCAACACUUGGACCUGCCUUCGCCAUGGGGAAAUAGCGGGGGAUCUGUCCGCGAGCGACCCCGCGUUUCUGACUCUUUCAUGAUCUAAAAAGACAGAGCUCCGUUUUUUGACUGAAACAAUGGGCAUGGACGGCUGUCCGCUGAAGGUGGGGAUUUUCCUGUGGUGUCUGCUGGUGAUUUCUGGCUCCGGCUUCGAGAUCGGCUCCUACGACCUGGAGCGAGGCAGACCGGCCAAGUGCGAGCCCAUCGUGAUCCCCAUGUGCGAGGGGAUCGGCUACAACCUCACCCGGAUGCCUAACUUCAUGGACCACGACGACCAGAAGGAGGCUGCCAUCAAGCUGAACGAGUUCGCCCCACUGGUGGCGUACGGCUGUGACGUGCACCUCCGCUUCUUCCUCUGCUCCCUCUACGCCCCCAUGUGCACGGACAAAGUGUCCACCUCCAUCCCCGCCUGCAGACCCAUGUGUGAGCAGGCCAGGGAGAGGUGUGCCCCCGUCAUGAAGAAGUUCAGCUACACCUGGCCGGACUCGCUGGACUGCUCCAAGCUGCCCACCAGGAACGACCCCAACGCCCUGUGCAUGGAGGCCCCUGAGAACGAGACCAGGACGGAGGUGAAGAAAGGCGAGGGCAUGCUCCCGGUGCCCCCUCGCCCCAGGCAGCCUGGCAGCGCCCGCUCUCCGGGCGGCAUUGGGUCCUGCGAGAACCCGGACAAGUAUCAGUUUGUGGAGAAGAGCCAGUCGUGUGCCCCCCGCUGCUCCCCGGCUGUAGACGUCUUCUGGUCCAGGCAGGACAAGGACUUUGCCUUCAUUUGGAUGACGGUGUGGUCCGUACUCUGCUUCGUCUCCACCGCCUUCACCGUCCUCACCUUCCUCCUGGAGCCCCACCGCUUCCAGUACCCCGAGCGCCCCAUCAUCUUCCUCUCAAUGUGCUACAACGUCUACUCCGUGGCCUUCGUCAUUCGCUCGGUAGCCGGUGCCGAGAACAUCGCCUGCGACCGGGAGCACGGAGAGCUGUACAUCAUCCAGGAGGGGCUGGAAUCGACGGGCUGCACCAUCGUCUUCCUCAUCCUCUACUACUUCGGCAUGGCCUCUUCCAUCUGGUGGGUCAUCCUCACCCUCACCUGGUUCCUGGCUGCAGGGAAGAAGUGGGGCCACGAGGCCAUCGAAGCCCACAGCAACUACUUCCACAUGGCCGCGUGGGGCAUCCCGGCUCUGAAGACCAUCGUCAUCCUCACCAUGAGGAAGGUGGCUGGAGACGAGCUGACGGGACUGUGCUACGUGGGGAGCAUGGACUCCGGGGCGCUCACGGGCUUCGUCCUCAUCCCUCUGUCCUGCUACCUGAUCAUCGGCACCUCCUUCAUCCUCACCGGCUUCGUGGCUCUCUUCCACAUCCGGAAAGUGAUGAAGACGGAGGGCACCAACACGGAGAAGCUGGAGAAGCUCAUGGUGAAGAUCGGCAUCUACUCCAUCCUCUACACGGUGCCGGCCACCUGCGUCAUAGUCUGCUACUUCUACGAGAGGCUGAACAUGGACUACUGGAAGCUGAGGGGGCUGCAGAUGAAGUGCGGGUCGUUCAGCGGGCCGAGCAGCGACUGCUCGCUGCAGACGUCGGUGCCCACGGUGGCCGUGUUCAUGCUGAAGAUCUUCAUGUCGCUGGUGGUCGGCAUCACCAGUGGCGUGUGGGUGUGGAGCUCUAAGACCCUGCAGACCUGGCAGGGCCUGUGCAGCCGGAAGCUCACCGACAGGACUAGAAGUAGAAAACCCUGCAGCGGCGUCAGCUGUGGCAGCACACACUGCCACUACAAAUCUCCUGCUGUGGUCCUGCACAUGGCCAAGACUGACCUGCACUCAGACAACCCUACACAUGUCUGAGAGGUAGCAUGACACACACACACACACACUGACAAAUGCAACCACACACACACACCUAUGCCCUGAAUAAGGAGCUGCUAAAGACUUUGUGGUGGAAUUGAACUGUCCGUUGCUCUGCUGCUGCCGAGGGGACAGAGGACACACAGGCCUCACUAUGAGAAACUAAUCUAUCAACAGUAUUCAAUGCAUAAAGGGAAAUGUUCAGUAUUGUUACCCAUAUCUUUCUGUUUCAUAGUGAUCUGUGCAGUAGACAUGCCCAGCGUUUCAAAGCAAAAAAAAAGACUGUUAUGGGAGGUAUGUUGGGAAAUAUUCUCCUCCCCAAAAGUGGCAUGAUUAAUAACUGUAUAAAUCUGUAUAAAUGUUUUAUUUAUUGUAAAUAUAUUUAAUUUAAAGUUGUCUCUUAUGAGAUUUGUUGUUUAGAUGCAUUUAUUAAAAAGGUAAAGGGAAAUGAAGUGCCUUUUAUAAGAACUCUGGUUCUGGUCUUUUUGGAGGAAAAUAAAUUUGUUGAAUUCCUGUUCACCUUCCUCGCUGCCUGGUGUGAUUGUUUGUAACUAUCUCACAUUCUUAUGAACGUUUAAC